AUGGAGAGGCCCAAGGACCCCGAGUAUGGAGGAAGAAUGGAGAGGCCCAAGGACCCCGAGUAUGGAGGAAGAAUGGAGAGGCACAAGGACCCCGAGUAUGGAGGAAGAAUGGAGAAGCCCAAGGACCCCGAGUAUGGAGGAAGAAUGGAGAGACACAAGGACCCCGAGUAUGGAGGAAGAAUGGAGAGGCACAAGGACCCCGAGUAUGGAGGAAGAAUGGAGAGGCCCAAGGACCCCGAGAAUGGAGGAAGAAUGGAGAGGCCCAAGGACCCCGAGUAUGGAGGAAGAAUGGAGAGGCACAAGGACCCCGAGUAUGGAGGAAGAAUGGAGAGGCCCAAGGACCCCGAGUAUGGAGGAAGAAUG